AUGAAGAUGAUAUCCUUCACGGAGGCACGCUCCACUGAAAAGAAGUCGGGGCCCUACAAGGGCGGGGAGGUGGACAAGGACGGCACGCCACCGGGCGAGUGGAGCAUGGAAGUCCCGCAGCCGGAGCAUUUCGAGUCUUCCACGAAGCGCUACAAGGUACCAUACUCCGAAGUGCUGACCCAGUGCCAGAGAUGCGACGGCCGCGGCAACACAACUUGCAAGCCAUGUGAUGGAUACGGAUGGAUUUGGUGUAAGAAGUGCAACGGCAAGAGAUGGCUGUGGUGCGAUGAGUGUGAGAAGAAAGGCACUGCUGGCAAGGGUCGUGGCUCCACAAGUGGCGACGGUGAGAAGGGUGCAGGGAAGGAUAGUUCCAAAGGACAUGACGAGAAGGGCGGUGGCAAGGAUAGCUCCAAGGGGCACGAUGAUGACAAGGGCCACGGAAAAGGCGACGUCGAUCGCGAAGAUAAAGGUCGUAAAGGUUCUACAAUGGCUCUGUUUGCUUUGUGGAAAGGCAAUGGAAAAGACACCUACAAAGGUUAUGACGACAAGGGAGAUGGAAAAGGCAAAAGUGGCUAUGAAGACUCCGGCAAGGGUAGGGGCUCCAUUGAGAAGGGUGCAGGGAAGGAUAGUUCCAAAGGACAUGACGAGAGGGGCAGUGGCAAGGAUAGCUCCAAGGGGCACGAUGAUGACAAGGGCCACGGAAAAGGCGACGUCGAUCGCGAAGAUAAGGGCAAGGGUAGGGGCUCCAUGGACAGCUCGAAAGGCGUGGAGAAGCUCUUCCGUUACUGGAAAGCUUUGAAGGGCAGUGGGAAGGAUAGCUCCAAGGGGCAUACGAAAGGCAGCUCCUCGAGCUCAAGCUCGAGCGAUGCUGAGGAAGAGGAAGAGUGCGGCAUCUGCAAGAACUCCGGCUGGUACUG